UGUGUGAAAAAUGUCACAACGACACUCUUUAAGAAAUGGAGGGAGUAAUAUGGAUCACUUAUGAAGGGAUGUAUGCAUUGAGAUACGAAGGAGGGGAAGAAAAAAGGUUAAAGCAAUGGAAAAAAUUACAGAGAAGAGAAGGAUAGUGUAGGUUCCAUUUCCAGCACAAGGGCAUAUAACUCCAAUGAUGCAACUUGGACAAGCCUUAACUUUAAGGGGUUCUCAUUAUAGUUGCCCAAGGAAAAUGCAAACAAGUAACCUCUUCUCAACGUUUCCCUAGCUUUCAAUUUGUAACUAUACCAGAAAUCGUACCGAUGUCUGAACAAGAGAGCCUCGGACCAGUCGAAUUUCUGAUAAAUCUCAAUAAAACAAGCGAGGCGAGGUUCCAGGACUGUAUAUCUCAGUUGUUGCUACAACAUGACAAUGAUAUCGCAUGUAUCAUCUAUGACGAGCUCAUGUACUUCUCUGAAGCAGCAGCUAAGGAGUUCAAGAUCCCAAGUGUCAUAUUAAGCACUGCCAGUGCUACAAAUCAUGCUUGCGGCUGUGUUCUAAGCAAACUCAAUGCUGAGAAGUUCUUGAUUGACAUUGAAGAUCCUGAAGUGCAAGACAAGGUGGUGGAAAAUUUACAUCCACUAAGAUACAAAAACCUACCAUUUUCAGGAAUGGGACCACUGGAUCAAUUUUUGGAGAUAUGUAGGGAAGUAUUUAACAAAAGAACGGCUUCUGCUGUUAUCAUCAACACAACGAGCUGUCUAGAGAGCACGUCUCUAUCAUGCCUGCAACAAGAACUCAAUAUUCCAUUGUUUUCAUUAGGCCCUCUUCACAUUACAGCUUCAGCAAAUUCUAGCUUACUGGAAGAGGACAAGAGCUGCAUUGAAUGGUUGAACAAGCAGAUGCCACGGUCAGUCAUGUACAUAAGCUUGGGAAGCAAAGCACAAAUGGAACCAAAGGAAGUCAUGGAGAUGGCUUGGGGAUUGUCUAAUAGCAACCAGCCAUUCUUGUGGGUCAUCCGACCUGGCUCUGAGUCACUGCCAGAGGAAGUCAGUAAGAUUGUCUCAGAAAAGGGAUAUAUUGUGAAAUGGGCAACGCAGAAUGAAGUACUUGGACAUCCUGCAGUUGGAGGAUUCUGGAGCCACUGCGGAUGGAACUCAACGCUCGAGAGCAUUGUGGAAGGAGUUCCAAUGAUUUGCAGGCCUUUCAGUGGGGAGCAGAAGUUAAACGCAAUAUAUAUAGAAAGUGUUUGGAGAAUCGGGUUUCAGCUUCAAGGUGAAGUAGAAAGAGGAGGGGUCGAGAGAGCCGUGAAGAGGUUGAUGGUGGAUGAAGAAGUUGCAGGCAUGAGGGAGAGAGCCCUUGUUUUGAAAGAAAAGCUUGAAGCCUCUCUGAGAAGUGGAGGCUCCUCAUACAGGGCUCUGGAUGAGCUUGCCAAGUACUUAAAGACAGAGUGAGAAGCUUCACUUCAUGUAUUAUUACUCUAUCAUUGAAUUGUUUAGAACAAACUUACGAAUAUUUCUUAAGUACGGUUUUCUUAUUUAUCCAAAUAAAAAGCAAUUCAAAUAAAAUUA